UUCUCGGUUUCAUUCGCCAUACACGUUCGGUGGUGAUCAGUCACGACCACUGCAAUCAUGAAGCUAUUUAUCGCUCUAGUCGGGCUCUUGGCCCUCGCUAAGGCCCUACCUGCGGUAACCCACAGCAAAGUACUUUGUUACUACGACAGCAGGAGCUAUGUCAGAGAAUCUCAAGCCCGCAUGCUGCCGUUGGACCUCGAUCCCGCUCUGUCGUUCUGCACCCACUUGCUGUACGGCUAUGCCGGUAUCCAGCCUGACACCUAUAAGCUGGUGUCCUUAAACGAGAACCUGGACAUAGACCGAACACACGACAACUACCGUGCGAUCACCAGCUUGAAAGCCAAGUACCCUGGUCUCACUGUAUUAUUAUCUGUUGGUGGCGACGCUGAUACCGAAGAACCAGAAAAAUAUAACCUUCUGCUGGAAUCGCAGCAAGCCCGUACUGCUUUCAUUAAUUCCGGAGUGCUGUUGGCUGAACAAUAUGGUUUCGAUGGAAUUGACCUCGCCUGGCAGUUCCCAAGAGUUAAGCCUAAGAAGAUCCGCUCGACCUGGGGAUCGCUUUGGCAUGGAAUUAAGAAGACAUUCGGCACCACGCCAGUCGAUGAGAAGGAAUCUGAGCACCGUGAAGGUUUCACUGCCCUUGUUCGUGAAUUGAAACAGGCCCUUAUCCACAAGCCUAAGAUGCAGCUCGGCGUGACUGUUUUGCCCAACGUUAAUUCUACAAUUUACCACGACGUGCCCGCCAUCAUUAACUUAGUUGACUAUGUAAACGUUGGCGCUUACGAUUAUUACACUCCGACACGCAACAACAAAGAAGCUGAUUACACAGCUCCUAUUUACACCCCACAAAAUCGCAACCCACUGCAGAACGCCGACGCCGCUGUCACAUACUGGCUCACGAGCGGUGCUCCAAGCCAAAAGAUAGUAUUGUCUAUCGCGACCUUCGGUCGUACCUGGAAACUGGACGCUGACAGCGAAAUUGCGGGAGUCCCUCCAAUCCACACUGAUGGUCCCGGCGAAGCUGGACCAUACGUUAAGACUGAAGGUUUGCUCAGUUACCCAGAAGUCUGCGGUAAGUUGAUCAACCCCAACCAGCAGAAGGGAAUGCGUCCUCACCUCAGGAAGGUUACUGACCCCAGCAAGCGUUUCGAGUUGGGCUUAACGAAGGACACGGAUUUAACUUAUAUUUUUGGAACAUACGCCUUCCGUCUUCCUGAUGACAACGGUGAGGGUGGCAUUUGGGUAUCAUACGAGGAUCCUGAUACUGCUGGCCAGAAAGCUGCUUACGUCAAGUCAAAGAAUCUCGGUGGUGUCGCUAUUGUGGACCUAUCAUUGGAUGACUUCCGCGGUCUCUGUACCGGAGACAAGUAUCCAAUCCUUAGGGCCGCUAAAUACCGUCUCUAAAAUAUUUUAACUUUUAUCACAUACGUAAUACGAAAUCAUGUAUCCGAAAUUGUAAUACAUAUAGUGUAUUUUUAUUAUUACAAUUACUCGGAUUAAUUCAAUAGAUCAAUAAAAAUAUUUAAUAUAAUAGACUAAUCCAUUGCUUUUAUAUCUAAAGAAACAAUAUGAAAUUGAUAUGGCUUAUAAUAAAAUCCUCUUAAUUUCAA